AUGCAUGGCGCAGUCGGCGACAGACUGGUUCGCACCCUCACGGCCAUGUACACGCCUCAUGCCAAGCCAACACUCCCAGACGAACUCCUGUACGAUGAUGUUGGGCUGCCCAUUUGGAAUGAGAUCAUCUUCACUCCGGAGUUCUACCAGACUCACGACGAGAUCUCAUUGCUUGACGACCACGGUGAUGAAAUCGUUGCUCACCUGGAGCCUGGAGUGACUGUUGUCGAUCUGGGAGCCGGUGAUACUCGCAAAGUUGAGCAUCUCCUCGCAGCGUUUGAACUAGCUAUAGUGCCUGCCACGUAUCUGGCAUUGGACAUAUCACAAGCGUCGCUGGUGCACAACAUAUCUUACCUUGUUGAAAAACAUUCGGCCCCAGGCUCCGCCGUCCGGUGUGCCGGACUUUGGGGGACCUUCCGUGAUGGUAAGGAUUAUGUGCAGCGGAUAAGAGGUCCCCGACUGUUUCUUUCGCUGGGCUCCGUACUCUGCAACGACCCAUGGUUGGAAGCCUUGAACCAUCUCAAGUACUGGGCGGGAGCCAUGCGUCAAGAUGACCUGCUCUUGAUCGGCAUGGAUGCGCACAUGCUCCCCUUGGACAAGGAUAAGAUUUGGGCGGCGUACCAUUCCCGCAACGACCUUUACCGACGGUUUUUCCUCAAUGGCUUUGAACAUGCCAACAGGCUAGCGGGCGAGGAAUGGUUCCGCGAAGAUGAUUGGGUGUUCGGGGCGCAGUUGGAAGACAAACCCACCACACGCCAUCGGUUCUUUCUCCGCGCCAAGCGUGAAAUCAGGCUUGUGAAGCUCGGGCGCGUCAUUGCAGCAGGCGAGGAGCUCGACUGGUUUGACUCGCAUAAAUACGACGAGGCCAGUGUUCAACUUAUGUGUUCCAAGGCAGGGCUGAGCGUCGUCGAUGUUUGGAAGCUGCCAAAAUCAGAGUUUCGACAAUACCUGCUCAAGAUUAAGGAUAAGAACCAAAAGGAGGAUGCAGACAGCGCGGUUUCAGGUGUUUGA